ACACACACACACACAGGAGGAUUAGAAUGAGAUACUUUCCACUGCAGCUGGUCUUUCACUUUCACUUGAAGGGGAACUGCAAGCAAAUCAGGUUGCUACUUUUGCCGAGAAAUAAGGACAGAAUUUGAGGACACAUGACAAGUACCAGGGCCCAAUGUGCAUUUAGGUGCCAGACUGCAUGGAGGAUGGACAUGAGACUUUCCAGACUACCCCUAAUCCUGCUGAGCUGAAUACUGGACAUAAUGUGGAGAUUCCUGACAGCGUUGACCACAGUUGUGUGUCUUCCUGGUUCCUGUGGGAUAUGCAUGGGCUUCUGUGGUCCAGCCGAGUAUGAAGUACAAGAGGAAUGCUGCCCUAUGUGUGGCUCUGGAUAUUAUGUAUAUAAACACUGCACAGAGCAUAGCAGCACAUUAUGUGCUCCUUGUACUGCAUCUACCUACACGGAUGCACAGAGUGGGCUGGUAUCAUGCAGGUUAUGCACCGAAUGUGACUCCACUGCAGGUCUAAGAGUGAAGAGGGCCUGCAGCUCCACCUCAGACACACUCUGUGAGCCUCUGGAAGGUCACUACUGCACUGACCCAAUCAAAGAUGGCUGCAGAGGAGCUGUGGAACACACAAAGUGCUCACCAGGACAGUACAUCAAACACAAUGGUACCUCAUCUUCAGAUACUGUGUGUGGUGACUGUGGUGAGAACACAUACUCAGAUGGAUCAUUCACAUCCUGCAGACCGCACACACAAUGUGAACCGGGAUAUGAGCUUAUAAAGGAAGGGACAUCAUCAAAUGAUACUGAAUGCAAAAAGUCUUUGAUUGGAAUCAUAACAGCCACUGUCAUAGUGACCCUCCUAGUGAUCUUUAUCACAAUAGCAGCAAUAUUCAUUCAAAAGAACAGGAGAAUGCCUGAUGAAAAUGCAACAAGUUUUAGGUCAUCAUGCCUGUUGCCCUCUGCCCUGUCCACCACAUGAAGCUCUUGGGAGCCCUUCUUCCUCCUGUCUCUGAUUUUUGGACCCAGCGCCUGUGAGCCCAGCUCACAAGAUGAGGGUGUCUAAUGAUGUCUUCAAAGCCCUGUGCUGUUCCACACUCUCACUGCUGGACGCUGCAUCAACUGUGUAGCGCAUGGGGCAGUGAGAACUGCAUGAACUACAGUAGGUCUACUGAAGAACUCUACAGGACUGUUGGGAAAUAGUGUGCAGUACUGAAGAACUCUACAGGACUGUGUGGAGAUAGUGUGCAGUACUGAAUAACUCUAAAGGACUGUUGGGAAAUGGUGUGCAGUACUGAGGAACUCUACAGGACUGUGUGUAAAUAGGGACAUGUUGGGAAGUUGGGAAAACAAAAUCACUUAAAGGAACACGUCACUAUUUUAUGAAAUUGGGUUAUUCACCAUCUCCCCUAGAGUUAGAUAAGUGAGCAAAAGCAUAUUUGUCUCCGUGCAUGCAUUGUCUUAGUCCGGCAGCACCCCCGCUAGCUUAGCUUAGCAACAGUUAGCCAACAACAAAAAACCCUUGUGGCCUUCUGUGGUCCGUGCUGUGGCUAGUGAGACAAGGUACAUUGGCAUCACAAUAUACUUUCCACAUCACCUCAUACCUCAUAAUAGUAACCUCAUUAGCACUCAAUGCACUUUAUAUGCUUAAUAAACAUUUUAAAUAUUUUGGCUGUCCAUAUUCCUCUGUCCUAUGUACAGUAUGUGUGAAUAUAGAAUAUGCAGCAUGUGACAUUGCUAUAUGUUUACUCCAGACUGAUG